CUAUGGUACGUGUCGUCGAUCUUAUAAUCGACCUUGACACUGGUCAUGUGAUCAAAUGAUCACAUGUGCUAGGUACACCCACUCCGCUCAACCAUCAGCGCUCCAACACAAUCGCUUCCAUAAUCACUUCCACAAUCACUUCCACAAUUACUUCCACAGCCUUCCCACAAGCACUGACCCGGGCCCUCGGCCGUUCGCCCUCGACCGGGAGUCCCGAGCAUCGUGACGCGGGACCCUAGGACCCCCAUAAUUAGUCGACCCCAAACAAGGGUGCCCCACCACCCGUAAUUACCGCCGUAAUCGCGGCGGUCUACGGUUACGUUGAGUCAUCGAUAAAAUGCGAGGUAGUCCGAUUACCUAGGCAGCAGCGUAUUAUAUGGGCGAAAUCACGGACGCGGGGACUUUGAACUUCCCGAGCUAGAUAUAUUUAAUUCUCCCAACUCGCUACUUGGAGCUUUCGCAUCGUCCCCCUUGAGGAAAACUCCCACAACGAAAGAUGGAUGCACCAGCUAUCGCGAUCAUUGGCGGCGGACCUUGCGGACUAACGCUCGCCCGGCUUCUAGAAUGUAAGGGCAUUGACUAUCUCGUGUUUGAGCGCGACGCCAGUGAGUAUUCCAAUCGCUCAGGGGGCAGCCUCGACAUCCACGGCGAGACUGGACAACAAGCACUCGACGAAGCGGGCUUACUCGAUGAGUUCAAACGUCACGCUAGAUACGACGAUACCUCGUUCACCCUUUCCGACAAGCUUGGUAAAAGGCUCAUCCACACCGGCCAGGGGCGUGAUGCUCCUGAAAUUGACCGCGUCGAGUUGCGGCAGUUGCUGCUGGACGCCAUACCAAAGGAAAAGAUUAGAUGGGGCCACACCCUAACCGGCGCUACUAUUGGUCAUGGCAAUAACCCGUCCCUCGAGUUCUCCAACGGCGUUGUGCUCUCUGGGUUCAAACUAGUCGUUGGUGCGGAUGGCGCGUGGAGCAAAGUGCGCUCGGUGUUCACAGAUGCAACCCCCAAGUACUCGGGGAAAACAAACCUAGAAUCGAGCAUUGACAAGGAAAGCCCCAUCUACGAUAUAACCGCCAGCAAAGCCGGGCCCGGAACCCAUGUGGCCAUCGGCUCGGGAAAGUUAAUCGUCACCCAGCGGCAAGGCAACGGCUCUUACAGGAACUAUUUCGGAAUUCCCAUCUCUGAGGACUUCUUUCGUAACAGCGCCAUGGACAUUUCAGGAACCGAAACUAUACGGGACCUGCUGCUCUCGAAUUUCUAUGCAGACUGGUCAGAUGAGUACCAAAAUCUCAUUCGGCACGCGACCAGAUUCCGUGCCUGGCCACUUUACACACUUUCUGUCAAGGACAUGGGCUGGAAGUCUGUUCCAGGCUUCACGCUUGCCGGCGAUGCCGCCCAUCUUGCAAUCCCCAAUGGCGAGGGAGUCAAUCUUGCAAUGACUGACUCACUGAAGUUGGCAUUCAAGAUUGCCGAGCAUGGCACCGAUAAUCUAGCUCAGGCGGUCCAAGAAUACGAGGCUGACAUGUUUCCUCGCGCAGUUGGCACGAUCUCUGAAGGCAAGGCCAUGCUGGAUAUCAUGUAUGCAGAAGAUCCGCAGUCCUUCUUGCAGCUCCUGAGCGGGUAGAUGGCGUGCUUCUCGAAGCGGUGUCCACCAGAUGAAGACAGCUCCCCACUUUGUAUUACCAUUACAUGUACCAUUAGGCUUAUCUAUCUACCAAUUCCACCCUCGUUAUUUCCA